AUGGUCGGCAUUAAGUUUCCAGCUUACGGGAGCUUGUACUUUGUCGACUCCCCGCUCAACUCUACCUCUAAGCAGGCUUUGAACCCAAGAUUCUGCACCGGGCCUCACUGUGGAACUAUAUAUUGGAACUGCAAGGUUGGCGGACCUAGAUAUUACCAAAACACAACACCUAACCAGGAGCCGUGGCUUGAUCUUACUACAUAUUGUGAUGGUAUUAUUGAUGCUGCCCUUUCUAGAAUCCCAUCGUUCGAUCCUAUUAUUGUAACCGACCGUCCUAUCACGGGUCUAUUGAGACGCACCUUCGUCUCCUAG